AUGAGUGCUGGAAGUGAAAGCGAAACAGAAGAUUUGGUGGGAAGAGCAUUGAAGCUCUCCCAUCUUGUAAUUGAUAAUGAUUCUGAUGCCGAGGAAGAAGAUUUCGAUGCCGAUGAGUUCGAAUCUCCCGAUGAGAACGCCCUUAUGUCAUCUUCUGAAGAAGAAGAAUUGGAUCAGUACGAAGCAGCACAGAAUAAUAAUAAUAGGCAAAAACGAAAUAUGCGUACAACAAACAAUGAUGAUGAUGAUGAUGAAGAAGAAGAAGAAGAAGAAGAAGAAGAUCACAAUAUUAUGGAAGAUGACUUUGUGAAAGGUCUCAGUAAAAAACUUGAAAUGACCAUACCGAGAGAGGACGAAGAAAAUUACUCUGAUGCUGUGGACCUGGACUCAAAUUAUGAAGAUAGUGAUGAGACUGCUGAUUCAGACCUAGAUAUUGAUUCAGACUCGUAUAGAGACACUUUGAAAGAGGCAGCGGGUAUAGGUAAAAAGAAGAAGGGUGGUGCUAGGCGCAAAAGAGGAGGAUACCAAAAGGUAAUGAAGAACUUGAAUCCUGAAGUAAGAGUGAAAUUGAGUGAAGCAAACGAGGCUUUUGUGGAAGAUAAGAUUGAUGUUGCUGAAAAGCUCUAUAUGGAAGUUUUGGCAUUGGAUGCUGCAAACUAUGCUGCUCUUAAAACCUUAGGGGAAAUAGCCAAGAUGAGGGGAAAACUAUCACACUGUUGUGUUUAUUGGAUUAUUGCCGCUCAAAUACAUCCUUGGGAUGGUGAAUUCUGGGCUAUGGUCGGUGAAAUAAGUGCAUCAUUAGGGCACUACCGACAGGCGUUCUAUUGUUAUACAAAGGCCGUGAAGCAUGACACCAAAGACCAUAAGUACUUAUGGGAAAGAACGAGAUUAUAUGAAGAACAGAACCAAAUUUCCAAAGCAUUGUUGGGAUACCAGAAGAUUUUGUCCUUUGAUCCUUGUAACCAGCAACUCGUAAUAGAGAUUGCAAAAUUGUAUUCCGAACUUAACAGAGUCUCUGAAGCAAUCGAAAUGUACAUUGGGAUCUUAAAUAUGAACAUCGGCUACUACGCCCUUGAUGACUAUAACAGAGAGCCUUCAAUGAAAAACUUCCCUGAUUUUGAAUGGUCAGAACUUAAUAUUUUGGCUGAGUUGUACUAUAAAAGUGGUCAAUAUCAAAAUGGUUUGAUCACAAUUAAGCAAACUGCAAGAUGGUUGCAAAAUAGAAAUGAUGAAACCUUCUGGGAUAAGUUACAAAAUGAUUCAGAGUUUGAUGCAAGAAGAUUUGAAAAUCCUGAAUUCAGGAAGAUAUCCGCAGAUAAGCAACAGAGGCCAUAUGAGUUGCCAAUAGAUAUAAAAAUUAAGCUUGGGUUAUUCAGAUUGCGUUGCAAUAACCCUAAAGAAGCUUCUAUACAUUUUGAGGCCUUAUUAAGUGAAAAUGAUAUCGAGGAGUUCCAAGAUUUGUACACCCAAGUUGCUACGAGUUUAGAAGAAGCAGGUCAAUUUGGAGAAGCCUUGAAGUACUUCAUACCUUUAUCAUUGAAAGAAGAUUUGGGUAGUCUAGAAAUUAUGUGCUCUAUUGGUAAAUGUUUUCAAGAAGUCGGAGAAUACAGCCAAGCUGCAGAAAUCUAUAAGGACGUUUUACUUGCUGAUCCGCUAAACAUAAGUAUAAAGUUGGCUUUGGCGGAAACUUUUUACCAUUUAGGUUUUCUCGAUGAGUCGCUCAAGUUAUCCAAAGAAGUCAAAUUAUUAUCCAAAAAGCAACGAAAUAUCGCACCAAACACCAUAUCCAUUACUACCUCCACUACCACCAGCACCACGGAGUCAUCUGAACUUGAUCUUACUCCUAUACCCGAAACAGACGAAGACAAUACUGCGUUAUUUGCAAAUUUCCAGAGGAAACCAACUAGGAAAAGGGUCAAAAAACCACAAUUAUCUGAAGGUGAAAAGGAAGACAUGAAAAGAAAGAUUAUUUCAGACACCAUGGUUAAAUACAAAAGAUUGAAAAGUUUCGAAGAUUCUGUCAAUAAAGGGGAUCACGUUGGUAUUUCAAUGUGGUUGCAAAUCGCAUCAGAUUUGAUCGAAAUUUUUUGUGGUGUGAAAGCUUUAUUCAUAAGAGAAAAGCACAGGCACGAUGCCGAAGUAUUGUACAUUCAUAAAAAGAAUCUCAAGAUGGAUAUUGGAAGAAGACUUGAAAGAUUAACGGAGUUACAUGAAUUAGCCAAUAGUAGCUACAACCAAAUUGAUCCUUCAUUCACUUUGACAGAUGAUGAGUACAGAGGAUUGACUUUUGACCAAUGGUUUGAUAUUUUUAUGAAGUAUAGUUUAUUGGAAGCAAAGCAUGGAGAUAAACAAGACGCUGUACAAUCAAUUGAAAUCGCUAGAAAUGUCUCUGCGUUCAGAGAAAAUUAUAGAAGGGAUAAUACUUUGAGAUUCGUCAAAUUAUCAGUUGAUGCUAUUAUUGAGGAUUAUGAGAGUAUAAUGGCUUCUUUGCGUGAUUUACUUAAUACUCACAGAUUCUCAAGGGAUUCAUUUAAGCUUUUUAGCUUGAGUUUGCCGUCGGGCCGUAAGGCAUCGGAAAUUUUUAUUUCGCUAAACCAUCAAAAAUAUUUUUUGAGACAGGUCAAGGCGUGGGACGGAAUGCGAUUUGGAAGAGAUAUAGAUGGCAUGUCUUUGGUUGAAAGGGAAAACAUUAACUUUGACAUCUCAUCGACAAAUCCAUAUUUGGUUACCGUUUAUGCUCAAGUUUUGCUAUCAGGAAGGAGUUAUUUGUCUAGUUUGUUUUAUCUAUCUAAAGCGUAUAAUGAGUUUAAACGUGACCCAAUGAUAUGCUUAUUGCUAGGAGUUGCUUGUGCUCAUCGUGCAAUGCAGAGAUCAUCUGGUAAUAGACACAUGUUUAUUCUUCAAGCUAUGACGUAUUUUAAUGAAUACAGGGAUCUCAGAAGGACCAAAGGGAAACAUGAAGCUCAAGAAGCUGAUUUCAAUCUUGGAAGAUUCUUCCAUCAAAUUAAUUUGAACUCGAUUGCUGUGCAAUAUUAUGAAAAAGUAUUGACUGAUUAUGAUGACAUGGAUGAAGUUUAUGAUUUGAAAAGAGAGAGUGCUUAUAAUCUAUAUUUGCUUUACAAUGUCAAUGGAAAUUCUCUUUUGGCGCAUCAAAUAAUGGAGAAGUAUUUAACAAUCUAG